AUCCCCAUAAACAAAGACAACCAUAAAGAAACCCCACAAACCCCAUUCUCCAACCGCUUCAAAUGGCCACAAUCGCGUCACUUUCCCCAGAAACCCUCGCCCAGAUCCUCUCCUACAUCCCUCGCGACCAUGAUAACCUCAUAGUGCGUUUAGCGCGCAUUAGAGACGGUGGCCCUAUCAAGCCCGUCUCCGAGCUCCCACCUUAUGCCACAGUGUGCAAGACCUGGCAGUGGCACAUAGAGCAGCGGACAUUUCGGGAGAUCAACCUCCCAAGCUCCGAGCUAGCAUACUUUUCUAAGCUUAUGACGGGUCACCGGAGAGCCACCCUCAGGGAAGUGAAGUAUCAGGUUGCCCUACCCGAGUAUGAUGAUGCAGCAUGUGCAGUUGUGGAGACUGAGGAAGAUAAGAGGGUAAACGAUGCCUCAUUUACUACUGCUAUCACAGAGUUAUUCAGGCUCGUGAAGAGGUGGGAGGAAGAGGAUGAGCAGGAGCUCAGUAGAACAGGUUCAAGGGCGAGUGAGGGUUUGGUGCCGCUGUCGUUGGAAAUGUCGCAGAUCUACUCGCCUAGCGAUCCAAAGAAAAGAAGUAGGGAGAUUUUAAGUGAGCAACACAGGGCAGUGGAACGGGGAGAGCGAAGGGACUUGUUUGAGGGGCGAUACUGCGAUUCUUGGCUUCGUCUGGGGCCGCUGGAUGGGGUACCUGAGUUGAAGAGAGUGACAAAAUACGCUGUUUCUCCAUCCUAUCCGAGACCUGUAGAGGCAGAGUCGAUAGCGCGAUUGGCGAAGAAGUUUCCGGCCCUGGAGAAGCUGGACUUGCAAAUUAUGGAAAGAAGUGAGGACUUCGAAGUACGGCGGAAGGAUAGAUAUGACUUCGCCGUUGCUCUCCUUUCCCUCUCCUCGCUCCCCCUCACCUCUUUUUCACUAUGCGCCGAAAAUACGUCUCCGCGUUACCAGUUCCAAGAACCCCCCUCAAUCCUGCUUUCCGAUAUCGACCACUUCUCCCUAGCGCUCUAUGCAAUUUCCCUCAUCCCAACCCUCAAGACUAUCGACCUCCAAGGCCCCAUCAUGAUCUCACCACAGCUCUUCCAGCCUCCUGCCGCUCUGGACUCCGCAUUCGCGAGCCUAGCCAACCGGGCUCCUCAGUGGCCUUCUCUCAGGACCUAUUCUGCAAUAUUCUCCACCGUGCGCCCGUCGGGUUCAUGGUACUUUGUACGGCACCCAAACAACCCCGUCCCACACGACUUUGUGGCCCCGCUUGAGCCAGAGUUCGACAGCGAUCGUGGCACAGAGAUGUUCAGGACAUAUCCUGAUGAUGAAGCGAUGGACGGGUUGCUGGCUGCUGCUGGCAAGGCAAAACAAAAUAUGCCCGCGCUGCAGAUGAUGUCUCUGACUGCAAGCCUAAGCCUUGAAAACAGCGAAGAUGCCGAGUUUGAGGCGGUGUGGUUUAAGGCGGGGCAGAAAAACUAUCUGGAUCAUAGGCUUACAGAGCAGCCAGUGAAAGUUGGGAACGAGACGUUUAUAGGAGGUGAUCAUGUGUAUUGGUGGACAGGUAAAGGAGGUAAUUGGCGACCAAAGAGGAAAGUAGAGAAGGCGUGGGUUGGAGAGGGCAAUCAGCAGUGGUUUAAGGGAUAUCCUCAAGAAGAAGAUUACGAGGAGGAUGAGGAGGAUGAGGAGGAUUAUGAUGACGAUGAUGAUGAUGAUGACGACUUUGAAAUGGGGGGGAUCUAGAUUGGAGCGAGUAGCUGGCCUCAUGCAUGUUCCAUGACAGCGCAUUCAUGCUCGAAUCUGCAUUAGUUAUUUAUCUCAAAAACAAUUGUCAGCCCCGCGCGUUUUGAUGAGCUACAAUAAGUCGGCGGCACAAAUUAAUCAGCAGCAGCAUCAUUUACAAACUAUAAUUAAAGGUGA